UCUGAGACAGACGUCUGUUUUGAUGCGGCAUGUGAUGUAACGUCAGACUACCACACACUACUGAAUAAAUCACUGUAUGCAUCACAAUUAUUCACCAGACGCAGACAAAACUGGAGAGAUCUCUACACAGAAAGAAACGAGUCUUGUCAGUCAGACACAGACGGAGGCAGUUUCCUAGAGUGAGGCCCCGGCACCAGCAGGCCUCAGAGAGCACCGGCAUGAUGGAGGGGGGCAUGCAGCUGCUCAAUAGAGAUGGCCACAGCAUCUCGCACAACUCCAAGCGCCACUACCACGACGCCUUCGUGUCCAUGAACCGCAUGCGACAGCGCAGCCUGCUCUGCGACAUCGUGCUCCAUGUGGCCAACAAGGAGAUCAAGGCACACAAGGUGGUCCUGGCCUCCUGCAGUCCAUACUUCCAUGCCAUGUUUACAAUCUCAGGUCAGAAGGUGUCUGGUUUUUCCUAUUGCUCGUCAAUCCCCCUGCACCUCAGACUAGAGUAUGAUGAUGAGAUGUCGGAGAGCCAUCAGACUCACGUGACCCUGCAUGACAUUGACCCUCAGGCCCUAGAGCAGCUGGUGCAGUACGCCUACACUGCUGAGAUUGUAGUAGGGGAAGGAAACGUGCAGACCCUCCUGCCCGCAGCUAGUCUCCUCCAACUCAAUGGAGUGAGAGAUGCCUGCUGUAAAUUCCUCCUCAGCCAGCUGGACCCCUCCAACUGCCUGGGUAUCCGCUGCUUUGCAGACACUCACUCCUGCAGCGACCUGCUCAAGUCGGCCCAUAAGUAUGUCCUGCAGCAUUUUGUGGAGGUGUCAAAGACUGAGGAGUUUAUGCUGCUACCUCUGAAACAGGUGCUGGAUCUGAUCUCCAGUGAUAACCUGAACGUCCCAUCUGAGGAGGAGGUGUACAGGGCCGUGCUGAGCUGGGUCAAGCAUGACAUGGAUGGGCGGAGGCAACAUGUGCCCAGGCUGAUGAAGUGUGUGCGGCUGCCCUUGCUGACGCGAGACUUUCUCAUGAGUAAUGUGGAUACAGAGCUGCUGGUGCGUCACCACUCUGAGUGCAAAGACCUGCUGAUCGAGGCUCUGAAGUAUCACCUGAUGCCCGAGCAGAGAGGUGUGCUCAGCAACAGCCGUACCCGUCCACGGCGCUGCGAGGGUGCAUGUCCAGUUCUCUUUGCCGUAGGUGGAGGCAGUCUUUUUGCUAUUCAUGGAGACUGUGAGGCCUAUGACACCAGGACAGACCGCUGGCACAUGGUGGCAUCCAUGUCAACACGACGGGCACGAGUUGGUGUGGCUGCUAUCGGAAACAAGCUCUAUGCUGUGGGCGGGUAUGAUGGCACCUCUGAUUUGGCCACUGUAGAGUCAUAUGAUCCAGUAAUCAAUGCGUGGCAGCCUGAGGUUUCCAUGGGAACGAGGAGGAGCUGUUUAGGUGUAGCCGUACUACACGGUCUGCUGUAUGCCGCAGGAGGAUAUGAUGGUGCUUCCUGUCUCAACAGUGCUGAGAGGUAUGACCCUCUGACCAGUACUUGGACCUCCAUCGCUGCUAUGAGCACCAGGAGGAGAUAUGUCAGAGUGGCUACAUUAGAUGGUAGUCUUUAUGCGGUUGGUGGGUACGACAGCUCCUCGCACUUAGCCACAGUAGAAAAGUACGACCCACAGAGUAAUGCCUGGACUGCCAUUGCCAACAUGCUGAGCAGGAGAAGCAGUGCUGGGGUGGCAGUACUGGAGGGCAUGCUUUAUGUUGCUGGGGGCAAUGAUGGAACCAGCUGCCUUAAUUCAGUGGAAAGAUAUAAUCCAAAAACCAACACCUGGGAGGGAGUGGCCCCCAUGAACAUCCGCAGGAGCACUCAUGACCUGGUCGCCAUGGACGGCUGGUUGUAUGCAGUUGGAGGUAAUGAUGGCAGCUCUAGUCUCAACUCCAUAGAAAAGUACAACCCCCGGAGCAACAAGUGGGUGGCGGCGUCAUGCAUGUUCACGCGCCGUAGCAGUGUAGGAGUCGCUGUUCUGGAGCUCCUCAACUUUCCUCCUCCGUCCUCCCCCACUCUUUCCGUCUCCUCCACCAGUCUUUGACAAAGAGUAAAGACACGCAUUAGCUCCAGCAGCCUACCCUGUGUGGCCAAAAGGCGCAACUGCUCAGUGUGAGCGAGUGCUAAAUGGGCCACAGCACCCUCCCUCUGCCUGGAAAAAUACUACAGCCUUCCAUAGAUCAUGAGGGUAAAAAAGGCUGAAAAGAAAACAAAACACACUCUCACACACUCCAAACCCAUGUUGCUCUGCCAUUUUGCAGGUUACUAUGUGUAUGAUGUAUAUUUAAAUGUAUAUGAUUUAUGAUUCUU